AUGGAGCGGCUGCGGGGCGGCCGGCGGUCCCGGCUGGUCUCCUCGCUGGGGCUGGGGCAGCGCUCCUGGGAGGUCACCUUAGACGAGGAGCGGGGGCGGCUGGCCUGGCGCGACCCCCGCCCGCCGCGCCGCCGCGGCGGCGAGAGCUGUUUCAUACCAACCGCCGAGAUCAUUGCUGUAGAAGAAACUGAACUUAACAAGAAACGGCGUAAUAUUGGCAAAUGGCAAAAAAUGGCAGAGCCACAUGCUUUCACAGUGUAUUAUGUGGAGAAAGCCCGAAAUCACCGCUGGCGGUGUAGUGAUGUGACGUUUUGGUGUGUUGAUGAGCACUUGUGUAAUCAGUGGAUACAGGCACUGAAAGAAUUACUUGAAAUGCAGAAGUCUAGACCAAAGCAGUUGCUUGUGUAUAUUAAUCCAUAUGGAGGAAAACGACAAGGGAAGAGGAUUUAUGAACAGAAAGUUGCGCCACUCUUCAGUCUGGCUUCUAUCUCCACUGAUGUUGUUAUAACUGAACAUGCUAACCAUGCUAAGGACAAUUUAUUUGAAGUUAAUAUUAAUAAAUAUGAUGGUGUUGUUUGUGUUGGUGGGGACGGCAUGUUCAGUGAAGUGAUGCAUGGUCUCAUUGGAAGAAUGCAGAAGGACUCUGGCAUAGACCAAAAUAAUCCCAAAGCACCGUUAGUCCAGUGCAAUAUAAGGAUUGGCAUAAUUCCGGCUGGUUCAACAGAUUGCAUAUGCUAUUCAACUGUUGGCAUUUCUGAUCCAAUAACAUCAGCUCUUCAUAUUAUUGUAGGUGACUGUCAGCCUCUGGAUGUCUCUUCUAUACAUCAUAACAACACGUUUUUGAAGUACUCUGUAUCAUUGCUGGGUUAUGGUUUUUAUGGAGAUAUAUUAAAAGAUAGUGAAAAGAAGCGGUGGAUGGGUCCGAUGAGAUAUGACUACUCAGGCUUCAAGACUUUUCUUUCUCAUCAUUACUAUGAAGGAACAAUUUCUUUUCAACCCGCAAAACACACAGUGGGAUCACCACGGGAUAAAGAUAGCUGCAGAACCGGAUGUUACAUUUGCAAGAAAAGUGAGCAACAGCUGGCAGAACAGCACAAGAAAUGUGGAUUAAAACAUGAAGAAGAUGAAGAAGAAUGGAAAGUUAUUAAAGGGAAAUUUCUAGCCAUCAAUGCAGUAAAUAUGAGCUGUGCCUGUCCACGAAGUCCAAAAGGUCUUUCACCAGCAGCUCACUUGGCAGAUGGUUCAGCUGACCUCAUUCUAGUUCGUAAAUGCUCCAGAUUUGAUUUUCUACGGUAUCUUGUCAGACAUACAAACCAAGAUGAUCAGUUUGACUUCUCAUUUGUAGAUGUUUAUCGAGUGAAGAGUUUUCAAUUUACAUCAAAGCUUUCAGAAGACAACGAAAGCAAUGUCACGGACAUGGGAAAGAAACGUUUUGGCCAGUUCUGCAGAGAUCAUCCAGCCUGUUGCUGUAAUAUUGCUAAUAGCACCUGGAAUUGUGAUGGAGAAACUCUGGACAGUUCAGCAAUUGAAGUGAGGGUUCACUGCCAGUUAAUGAAACUAUUUGCAAGGGGAAUCGAGGAAAACUGUAAAGAUGAAGCUGCCUACAGCCAGAGUAGUGUUGAACAAUUACUAUAGACAUUGUUCCUCCAAUGGGGAGAAGAAAAAAUAAAAGCUCAAGGAAAUUGAGUAAAUAUACAUUUUAGUCAAAUUGACAAGUAUUUUAAAGUUUUAGAUUUUUUUUUAUGACUUCAGUAUAAUUUUAGACAUCUUAUUGCAUUGUGUCUUUUUUAAAAAAAACAUUGUAGUCAUUAAAAUAUAUCUUGGAGCAAUGUAAUCUAAAUUACGUUAGAAGAGAGAGGAUUGGCAUAUAUAUAUGUAUCCACAAUGACUGAUAAAUUCUCUGUGCUUUUCUAGAGAGCUAAUUUAGCAGUUGUGUUGCAAUAAUAUCUAAAUGUUAUAAAACAUUGGACUUUCCAUUGUCAUCAAACCAAGAUAUCAAGACAAGAUAUUUUCAGUGUCUGAGAAAAUGUUUUCUGCUGAGAGUGUUACAUAGUUGCAUGUGGCUUAAAUGCUGGACAACAGUGUUGUCAUUCUCAUCUUUUUUUUUUUUAGAAAAAUCUUUCAUUUUGUAAUUCUGACUAUACCUUGCAACUUAUCAAUGCAAUUCAGACACAUGCUCCUGGCUUUAAGUAAUAACAAUAAGAGGUUAGAUAUACUUUGAAAAAUAAAAGCACAUCUGCAUACAGAUCUUACCUUAUCCUAUAUAUCAUCUUUAUAAAGGCUUCCUUGCAUGGUGCUUUUUGGGAUUAUAAAGGGUUUUAUGACUGUUUGGAUGAUACCAAAUACCACACACAGCAACUGAAAUGACUUGCAAGCAACUCGCAAGGGAUACUUUUACCAGGAAGGUACAGGCAAAGGAAAAUAUAAAUACCUUCUGAAACACCAGCAAGUUUUAAAUUUUUUAAAAUAUCUAAAAUUAACACAUGAAAAGCUUCCCUCUUCAGUACACAAUUCUUUGGAGAUUCUACUACAUAUGUUAAAAUGUCUUUGCAAAAUAAGGUGUUGGAAUGUUAAGUUUAAAAACAUGAUUUGAUGAUUGAAAGUUUUUAAAAUAAUGUUUAUUUAACUAAAUAUGAAACAAAAUAAUUUGUUUCAUGAAGUCAAUGGAAGAAACUGGCAUCUGAUAAAUCACAAAUUCACUGUGCUGAUUUGUUUUUAUAGCAAAAAACAUUAGACUAUCGUGUAUAGCUAUGGAGUGAUUAUUUAAGUUGUGUAUGGAUUUGUGUAUUGUGACACACAAAUGUUCUGUGUGUAGGCUUGGGGCUAAAUUUUGCUUUUCUCAUACAUAUUUAUUUCUGUUUGAGAAUCAGAAGUUAGCCCCUGGUCUGUUCCAUCUUUUCUUAAGUGUGUAGUUCUCUUUAAAACUCAUUUCAUCUGAGGGGGUUCUUGUGUCCAAACAGCUAAUGAUUCUCCAUUCAUGUAUAUUUAUUGGCACUUCUGUCAUUCAGCUUGUAUUAGUUUUGUCUUUCAUGUGUUUGCUCUGUAUAAGCCAUGGUGAUUGCCCAGUUUAUUACUGAAGCACUUGAAAAUUGUUAUAAAUGGCUGAUAUUUUUUCUAUUGAAAUUAUUUACAUUUAGUUUUGUGUAAUACCAAAAUGGUGUGCUAUAUCUCUGCUGCAAAGUAUUAUUCAUACUGUUCUAUAUGACAAAAAAAUUUGCAAAUUAUAUUUGCUUAAAGUACAGUCAUACAAAGUUUAGGAUCUGUUUUUUGUUAUAUAGUAUUUCAGCAAAAUACUUGAAUACUUUUCCAAAAGUACUGCUGUUUACUUUCCUUAUUAAUGCAAUGAGUUGAAAUGUUGAUUGAUCCCAUGUUUUUCAGACAUUUGUAAUAGAAGUGUUACGUAUACUAUAUUUUUUAAGCCAUGUUUAAUAAGUGAAAUGGUACUUUUGACCUAAGAACCUCAUUGAAAAUGAGAUUAUGCAGUUCUACAAAUGCAAAUAAUUUUUGAAAGUGCCGUUUGUUUAAAAAGUUCUACAGUUACUUUGGUCUAUCCAUGAAUAUUGUGAAAGAACCCAGACUUCAAGUUCCUGUAAUUCUUGUGCAGGAUAUGAUGGUGCACACUCAGCUUACCAACAGAUGAGGGCAUUUAUGAGGCAUUACAGCUAUCCAGAUCACAUUCUCAUAAAUGAGAACAGGGGUAAAUACUAACCAGCACUUUCCGUUAGUUUACUAGCAAGUCAUGAGACCCUUAUUUGAAAACUGGAGGCUUAAUCUAUAGGAUACUUGUGAAUGUAUAUUGAAAUGCUUUGAGUAUUUUUAAUGUCUGAAACUGAGUGCUUGGUGUUUCCAAAGAAAGCCACAGUGAAGGCCCCCUUUCUGAGGAACAAGCCACCAGAAAAGGAGGAAAGAUCAUUCUGUAGUAUGGUAAUGAAGUGUGAAGUAAAUAAUAAAGGUGUUGCAACAUAAUAAAAUGAAAAGGUCUUAGGCAAUAGAAAAGCUGCAUAGUUGCAUUUGAAUAAUUCUAUUUGUAGCAUAUUAUACUAGCAAAGCACCAUAUGUGAGUUGUAUGACAUGUCCAGUUUAUCUUUAAGCAGAGAGCUGCAUAAGUAACGUCUGCUUACAUUUUAAUUCUAGGGGUUUUUUUCUCUGAAUGUAGUCUCAGUAUGGAAAUUAUGUAUAGGAAAACCAAGUUUGAUUUUUCUUUUUUUCCCAAUCUUGCUGGCUUCAAGAUUAGAAAAUGUGUUCCGUUUCAUGACGCUAGGGCAUUUCAUGGA